AUUGAUAAGAUAUUACAUAAUGAAGUUACCCGCCCCAAGUGGGUUUGUGUCAUCCACACGGAUCAGACAUCACCUUCUCUGAUCAUCUUUGGGUUGAUAGCAUCGCAGCAUCGCAUCAGACAGAGCAUCGUCAGAUUAUUACAAUCAGAAGUUAAGAGCUGUAUAAUAUCAGCAGCAAGUACAGACAACAACAGCACACAUGUACGCAGAACACUUCAGCGAGCCCGCGACAAGCCACGUCGCGAGCGCGCCCAUCGAGCACCAAUUCUACCCGUAUGCAUCGAACGGCGGAACUAUUCUCGCAAUCGCAGGCGCAGACUACGCAUUGCUUGCGGGCGACACGCGGCACAUCACCGGCUACUCUAUCAACACGCGAUUCCGGCCGAGCAUCCACACGCUCGAGAACCUGGGUGGUCCGGAGCGAGCGAUCGUUGUUGCCGCGAACGGGUUCAGCGCGGACGGGGAUGCGCUUGUGAGAAGGCUUGCGCAGCGGGCGGAGUGGUAUACGUAUAACCACAAUAAACCGCUGAGCGUGAGUGCGUGCGCGAGGUUGGUGCAGACGAUGUUGUACGGCAAGCGGACGUUCCCGUAUUACGUGCACACGAUCGUCGCGGGUCUGGACGAGAGCGGGCGCGGGGAGGUGUAUUCGUUUGACCCGGUGGGGUCGUAUGAGCGGGAGCAGUGCCGGGCGGGCGGGAGCGCGGCGAGUCUGCUGAUGCCGUUUUUGGAUAACCAGGUGAAUAAGAAGAAUCAGUAUGAUGCGGCGACAGGGUUGCCGCAGGUUGCGACGGACUUGCCGUUGGAGGAGACGCUCAAGUUGGUGAAGGAUGCGUUUUCGAGCGUGACGGAGAGACAUAUUCAUGUGGGUGAUUAUCUGGAGAUUAAGAUUGUGACAAAGGAGGGUGUCAAGGUGGAGUAUUUCCCGUUGAAGAGAGAUUAGUUUUAUGUCAAGAGAGAGUAUUCUUAAGAAUUGAAU